AUGGACAGUUCCGGCUCCGAUGCCUCAGAGUUUCACGAGGAGCUGCGCUUGACCCAGCAAGUGGUGGAGGCGGUGGCGCGGAGGCAGCUCGUGCGGCCAGAGAUUCCAUUGGAAACGCCUGGGGCCAUGGACUUCAGCAACACCUCCAAUGAAAGCUUCACACUUUUUGGCACCUUCGACGCCUCGAGUUCUGCCGAAGAUGCACAAAGAGAGGAAGACGACGACUUUCACCUCACCCAGCGAGUCGCGGAGGCGGUGGCGCGGAUGCAGCUCGUCCGUCCGGAGGUCUUGCGCACCACGCCGGUUCACCAAGCACUGGGCGCCCUGACGUUGAGUGGAAACGACAAACAUUGGUAUCAUAAGAGUCGUCCGAGCUCAAGGAUUGGCACCUUUUGGUCCCAUUCCUGGCAUGGUGGACGAUGGAAGAAGAUCUUGACACUCUUGGUGUUCUACAAUGGAAGAACUGCAAUCUACUGCGGUUUCAUCGUCAGCUUCAUAAUGACGUUUUUGUUCGCACUAGGUUUCCUACCUGGCUUCAGAAAGAACCAAUAUCUUGAGCGGACAUCGGUUUGGGGCUUGGGCUCUGGAAGCUUGGCAGCGCUGAUCACGUUGAUCUUUUGGCGUCCCAGACAGAGGGUCUUUUUGGACAGGAUAUGUAUCAACCAGCACGACAGCAAGCUGAAAUCGGACGCAAUCUGCAGUCUUGCAGGUAUGCUAAAUAAGUCAGACAAGAUGUUAGUGCUUUGGGACCCGACAUGGAGUGAGAGAUUGUGGUGCUUAUUUGAGCUCACGGCCUUCUUGAAAAGCAAGUCUGAGAGUGCACAGAAACUGAUGAUUUGGCCCAUUUUCCUAGGGCCAUGUUCCAUCGUGUCCUUUGCCGCAGUGCACGUCACCUUUCUUUCCAUGGUUUUGCUGCAGAAUGAUGCUGAAGACUAUGUCCCCACAGGCAUUCUCAUGCAAGUCACAGGCAGUCUCGCAGGGUAUUUCAUGAUCCGAGUCUUCCGUGGCUACUUUCGCUCCCUGGAAGAGCUCAAGCAGCAGCUGUGCUCGGUGGACUUUGACCGCACGCGGAGUCAAUGCUGUGAAGAGGCACACCAAAAUGGUCAACUCUGUGAUCGGAAGAUUGUCAAAGCAUGCGUCGCAAAGUGGUUUGGCAGCCAAAGGGCCUUCGAAGAAUGCAUUCGAUCUGAAGUGAUGGGAACGAUUGUGUCAAACCUGGAAUUCGACCAAGUCGUUCGACGAAGUGGAAUUCUUUCAGUCACAUCUCCCGCUCUUUGGGCUUGGCUGGAUGUAUCCGCCUCUUGGGUCGCGAUCGGCGAGAGAAGUCGUGCUGUGCAGCUUUGCUUGGAUGGCUUCACAAACUGGCUUUUGAUGAUUCCCUUCAUUGCAGAGCUGGUGGUGUUUCUCUCACGUCGAUUUCAUCAAAAGGCUUCUUCUCCUCUACGGGAAGUGCUCAUGAAUCUGGGUGUGCUCAUGAUGGUGGUGCCGCUCCGUGUUCUUCUAGCUGGAGUUUACUACAUGUUUAAUCGAUUGGAGAUUGGACGCGAGUUGUCUUCAAUCCUUUUUGCUGCUGUGAUGUUGUUGGUGAACUUACUCCACCAUCGUUGGAAGAGACCUUCCUCCCCAGGCGCUCGGGACGGUUCUCCGGAACCCGGACUGGCACAUACGGUCGCCAGCCCAAGUGCCCAACGCUUGGGCGCCGAGAUAGAAAAGACUCCAAGGUCCCAGGAGUGA